CCUCCUCUUGUUCAGCACCCAAAGUCGAAGGAUAGCUCUGGCCUUUCAAUUGAAGAAAGUGCUAGAUUUGUCAGUGUUGUAUAAUAUAACCAAUUCUCAGUGUCCAUAUUUGUUUUGGAACGAUCGGAAUAGUCUUCAUUUUAUGUGAGAGGCAGAACUGGCGUCCAACAUGCGUAAAAAUCAACGCUGUCCAAGCAGGGAACCACCGAGAAAGGAAUUAUCGCCGCUCAUCUGAGGCCAAUCUCCAUUAUUUUUGUCAAAUAAGGAAACAUAACAUAGCUAGCUAGCUAACGUUAGCUCCGUAGAUAGCUAGGUUACCGACAUAUCUUCACACAAAAGCAGAAUCCAGCAGAUAAUCAAGAUUGGAUCUACAUUCGCAACAGCAGGAAAACCUAUAGGCAGCAAUGGGUGCAUUCCUGGACAAACCGAAGACGGAGAAGCAUAGUGCCCACGGUGAGGGCAAUGGGCUGCGUUAUGGCCUGAGCUCCAUGCAGGGCUGGCGGGUGGAGAUGGAGGAUGCUCACACAGCUGUGGUGGGCCUCCCCCAUGGACUCACCGACUGGUCCUUCUUUGCUGUCUACGAUGGCCACGCAGGCUCCCGGGUGGCCAACUACUGCUCCGGCCACUUGCUGGAACACAUCUUGUCAGGAGGGGCCGACUUCAGUUCAGGUUCCGGCUCCGUGGAGGGUGUAAAGGACGGCAUCCGCUCGGGCUUCCUGAACAUUGACGAGUACAUGCGCAGCUUCUCUGACCUGCGGCAGGGCCUGGACCGCAGUGGCUCAACAGCCGUGUGCGUGUUGGUCAGCCCGACCCACCUCUACUUCAUUAACUGCGGCGACUCGCGGGCCGUGCUGAGUCGAGACACCAAGGUGGGCUUCUCCACCCAGGACCACAAGCCCUGCAACCCCCGCGAAAAGGAGCGCAUCCAGAACGCUGGCGGCUCGGUCAUGAUCCAGAGGGUAAACGGCUCCUUGGCUGUGUCCCGGGCCCUGGGGGACUACGACUACAAAUGUGUGGAUGGUAAGGGCCCAACGGAGCAGCUGGUGAGCCCUGAGCCCGAGGUGUGUGUGUUGGAGCGGGCGGCCGAAGGAGACGAGUUUGUGGUGCUGGCGUGUGAUGGAAUCUGGGAUGUCAUGUCCAACGAGGAGCUGUGUGAGUUUGUCCGCUCACGACUCCUGGUGUGCGAUGAGCUGGAGAAAGUCUGUAACUCAGUGGUGGACACUUGUCUGCAUAAGGGGAGCAGGGACAACAUGAGCGUGGUGGUGGUGUGUUUACCCGGAGCUCCCAAGAUCUCAGAGGAGGCUGUGAAGAAAGAAGAGGAAUUGGAUAAGUACCUGGAGACCCGUGUUGAGGAGCUGCUGGCGAACUGUGGGGAGGGGGGAGUCCCUGACCUGGUGUCCGUCCUGAGGAGCAUUGCCACAGAGAACAUCCCCAACCUCCCACCUGGUGGAGGCCUGGCCAGCAAACGCAGCGUGAUCGAGGCGGUGUACAACAAGCUGAACCCUCACAGAGAAGAGGAAGGGGCCUGUGCGGGGGGAGAGGAGGAGAGUGAGGAGGGAGGUGGCAGCACGGCGGCUCAUCUGCUGGAGGCUCUGCGGCAGUUCCGCCUGCACCACCGGGGGCAGUACCAGACGGUGGUGGAGGAUACCCUGGCCGCCUACCGCCUGCGGGGGGAGAGCACCGCGGAGGGAGCAGGGGCGGGCAGGAGGACCUCCGGUGACAACGACGGCGGCGACGACGAGGACGGCCAGCAGCAGACCGCCUCCCCUCCCACUCCCCCCUCGCCCCCGCCCUCACCCGCCACUGCAGAGCCGGAGGCCUGAGUCCAAUCCCUCCUCUGACUGAGCACCCUGCCGUAUACCACCCACCCGACCCCAGAGCUCUCGUCAGAUGUGCUAUGACCUCUCCUCCUCUUUCCUUCAUCACAGAACUUGACUGGACACAGCGGCCACUUCCAGCUCUUGUCGUCAUCUGCAGCUACCAUUGCCAUCCAUGAAUAUUUUACUAGUGCAAUGGAAAUAAAAAAGGCCGCUCUGUCUAUUCAAGUUCUGUCUCCGAGCCACAUAUUCCUCCUUAUGAGGACUCUUCCUUUUGUUUCCCCUGUGCUCUGACCACCUUGGCUUCGAUCCCCCCAACUUGCCAGCCACUUUUCUAACCCGACCACACGGACUGAUGUUUACACUAGAAUCCAUCACAAAUUAUUACAACAUGCAAAAGUGGCUGGUGAAGCAAAAAUAUACCCUGCACUCCAUGGCCAACAGUUACCAGUAUUGGCUUCUGGCUGAUCCUCCCAGUUGAACCCCCUCCCUCCCCCCCACCCCCCCCCUCCUUCCCACCCCACACUUGCUUACAGUGGACAAACUGAUAAAGAAAAGGAAGGGAGACCGUCUAAACUGCUCAUGUGUUCAACACACUUCACUGUCUCCAGGCCUACUCCAUCUACAGACUCAGAACACACUCCUGUGUUUAUGUGUGUGUGUUUGUGUGUGUUUGUGUGUGUGUGUGUGUGUGUGUGUGUGUGUGUGUGUGUGUGUGUGUGUGUGUGUGUGUGUGUGUGUGUGUGUGUGUGUGUGUCUGUCUGUCUGCAUGAGUUUGGGUGACGGAGAAAGAUUUCAUCACUACUGAAAUCUGUGUUUUUGGUAGUGGGUGAUACCUGAUUGUCAUUUAUCAGCAAGUUCAGCAUUGUUAGGUUGUUCAAACUAGUCUGGGUUCUGAAAAAAAUGGGCCACACAUGGACUUGUGUAAGUGGGUGUACUUGUAGAUUGUGCGGCAUUUCAUUUAUAUCACUCCCUCACCACAUAUCCCUAAUCCCACGUCACAGUGUUUAAGUCUGUUGCCUCACAGUCGCCCGCACAAAUGUUAAAAAAUUGUUCCUGUUUGUUGUUAUGCAGCUGGAUGUAAAUGUGUCGGUAAAUAAACUAGUACCAGGUGACUAAAGGGACCAUAAAAAUAAUGCAUGUUUGAAUUAAAAGAAGACUUAAACUCUAUAGGAUGUAAAGCUGUAAUGCUCAUUAAACAGAAGAAAACAAUAUGAUUGGAUGGAUGAAAAAUGGAGAGAAACCUUCAAUAGAAGGAGAAAUGUUGGCGCCAGACGGAGAGUCGUAUUAUUCCCAAAAUUAAGAGUUAAUUGUCUUAACAGUGUGUUUUUUUUCUUAGACCGACAGUUUCUUUCUCUACAUUGUGUGAUGUGACUCAACUAUUAGCUUUGUCAGUGUUAGCUGUAAAGUGCUGUUAACAAACAGCUACUGUCUCCAUAAUUUCGCUCCAUAAUUUCGCUCCAUAGAGAUGGCUCCAUAAAAAUCUAAGGGACGUGGCUGUGCUCUACUCUUUACAGCUAUUUGGGUGGUUAAACGGAUGUAUAUUGCCAAAACAACCAGUUUAUCUCCAUUCAUGUAGUCUCUUCUCUUGUAAAACCAAGCAGCAAAAACCUCUUUUUGUCACUUGUCAAA